UUCCAGCUCUAAAAAUAAAUGUUUGCACUGGAACUGGAAGGGGAUUUAGAUUCUAUUUGUUGACCACAAAUAAACUAGAUCUAUCAUUGCAAUGACUUCAGUCGCAGAAGUAAACAAGUACACAUAAUGUGAAAUACGAUAUGCAAUGAUGCAGUUAGAGUUUAUUUAAUCAAUGAUUCGGUAUGGCAACUUCUAGCCCUGAAAGUUCUCAGUGGCUUUCUGUUACUGAGGAAACGUUAUUUUUGCAUGAUGGAUUAUUACGAGUUACUGAUUUAGUGGAACUGCCCAAGAAUGUCGAGAACUGUGGCUCACGAGAUAACGAAGUUGUCGCUUUUGAUUCCAAAGAUCCAGAGGAGUUAAGUGCCAAGCUUUUAGAGAUAUGUGGUACAAGAAACAAUGCAUUCAAUACUCUGCUGGAAUACAGACUGAAUGCUCUGAAGGGUCUAUGGAAAGCACAAAAACUGUCUCAAGAGGAACAAGUUGAUAGAGAAGCGUCCUCUCAAGAUGAAGCCAUAGCUCUGCUGAAAAAGCAGGGGCUGCUUAAAGAUACAGAACAGGCAUCUUUUUCUACCAGAAUUAGUCUACUACUCAUCUUACCACUGCUGCAGUCACAAAGCAAAACAGACCCAGAGCUGUGUGGUGUUACAUCAGGAGUGAUUCUCACAUGCCUGCGCUACUGUCCACCAUUAAGCUUAGCCAAAGAACCCAGUGAUUGCUUGAAUGGACUAGAGAGCCUGUUGUGUGAAUGGUUAGAGGAACAGUCAAAAACUGGCACAGUUGAUAAAAAGCAUCAAGAAAAUGCAGCUUCAGCUUUGGUUGCUCUAGCCUGUGCUCGUGGACACGUAAAAACAUUCAUCCACACAGUACAUUUGCUACAGCAGCUGUCAGACAUUCCUCCCUUGCCAGUCGCUGAGAUACUUUCAUCUUUACUGGAUUCCGAGGGAGGUCAAGGACAGAUCUCUUGCUUCCUUGGCUCUAAGUACAUCCUGAGCUGGGGUUUGGAUGAUCUGCUGGGUCCAAACAAUGCAGACACUGUUACAUCAGAAUCAAAAGAAACCAAUGAGAAGGAUAAAGAAAAAGAUCAAGAUCUUGGACGAAGUAUCACAACAGACGGAUUCUUUAUUUACACAACUAAUAAUUUUGGAAAAGGAAUAGCUAAAAUUGGAACUGGUUUACAGGGAACUUUAAGGGGCUAUGUGUAUAACAAGAAUCCUGAACAUGGUCCGGGAAGGUUAGCUUAUGGCUCAGAGCUUCUGAUGUUUCGGCCACAAAAAUUUGAUACAGAUUCAGAAAAUGAAUUCUUUCUUCAGCUGAUUGACAAAGAAACACUUGAAGUUUUAAUGGUUCUCUACAAGCCUUCCAUGUUUGUCCAGCCUGGUCCAUGUACUACAGUUGGAUUCUGUAGUGAUGGUGUGUACUUCUACUGGCUGUGGUGUCCUUCGCUUGUCCAGGAUAAGACCUCCAAAGGUGUCAGUGUUAACAUCUGUGCCUUUAAUGUGGAGAGAGAUCUGGAAGUGAGACCACUAAGACCUGUUAUAACUCUGCAGAAAAAAGAAGAAGCAGUUAGUCGCAAUGUGAAUGAAGCAAUCCUGAACAGGCUGCGUCCCUUGCGUGGUUCCAACAGUGCAGCCACAUUGAUGGCCUUAACUGGAGGAGAGGCUUUAAUGCCCUCAAGGAAAGAAGAUACACCCAGUGCUGGCAGCACAAGUUGUGGCGUUCAGCUGAAGACUUUGGUGAAAACACCCCUCUACUGCGAUGGCAACCAUGUGGUGAUGCUAACUCUUCCUCCUGGUGUUGCACCUGGUGGUGCCGGCAGAUCACUCUUUGGUGGCGGAGGUCCUAUCUCCAGUAUGAGGACUUUAGCCAGCAAUCUGUGUUUCAAUGUCAGGACAGGCUUUUUUAGUGCUAGGAUGGAUUUGAUGGAGGCCACAUCCAGCUCUGUUGGUCGAGGCACAGCUCUGACAAACAUAGGAGCCUGCUUUGAUAUAGUGAACAAUAUGCUGUGGAUGUCAAGUGGUGAAUAUGUUGAUCAGUUCUACAAUCCAGGCAACCUCCCGCCCCAUCACAUCUACUCCCGGCUCGGCAUCUCCAACACUUCUUUGUCCCUUGGUAUUGAUGACAAUGGACUGAUGCCAGUCAACGCUGUGAUCAACACACUCUUACACAAUGUGGGCAGUAUGUGCCUUCACCAGAUGACUGGAGAUGCCUCCUUCAGGCACUGUCAGGGUCUGGGGGCCCAGGCAUCACAAACAGAGUCCAUGAUUGACAUAUGCCACCUGACAAGAGUGACAGAGAUCCUGGACAGGGCUGUUGCAGAUCACGAUGACCAGGCUGUCAUUUGCUGUCUGGUUGUUUUGCAGCUGAUCUUUAAGACCAGUGCAGCUCCACAAAAGAAACUAGUUACUGAGGAGAUGAAAAGUACAAGAACUUUGAUAUGGAAGCUCUUGACAAUACCCUGGCAGCAUAGUGGAGAUUUGAAUCUGAGUAAAUCUAUUAAGUUAGAGGCUUGUCAUGUGAUUACAGUAGGGCUGAGAGCUUUGUACCCUACAUCUGAAGACAGGCAUGUUCUAAUGUACCAGUUGCUGACAUCAGGGGAAGACAAUCCAUCACUGGUACAGUUGAGGAACAUGAUUCUGACAGAAUUCGCCAAUCAACUUAGCGCUCAACAACCAGCUGCCAAGGAUAAAGAUGUUUUGCAGCUAGAUGACUUGGUUCUGUACAUACUGAAGCUGGCUGUGAAGGAAUCCUGUACACUGCUGACUGCUGCCAGAAAGUGUUCAAGAUUAGAAUUUAACAGAAUGAUCUCUAACAUGCCACUUUCCUCCCCUGCUGUGCAAUAUUUGGCUGCUUUGCGGUCAUACUACCUGCGUUGUGCUGUGUUACAUGAUUCAACCCAAGACAAUCUAAACAGUGAUAACUUAACACUUGAAGAACUACAAGGCAGAAUUUUAAGUCUUUCCUCCAAAUUGAUCAACGGAGCCUGUGAGGUUCUGGAGAGCUACUUGGAAACUUGCAGCAGUGUGCUGGGCAUGUGCACUGGGACAAGUGAAGAUGUUGAAGGCUGGCUGGCUGGGCUGGAGAGACUGGCCAAGAGCACCAUACUCGGCUCGCUCAUGCCUGUGUUGAUCACCACCCUCACUCACCAAAACCUGCAGUGCUUGAAUGUGGCAGAUGCUCUGAUGCCCUCCCUGGUCACUCUCAGUUUACUUGCCAGUCAGGCUGCAUUAAUAAUGAAAAGUCAAGAGUUGGCCGUGAACACAUCCAUGACAUCAACAACAGAUGUAGACCUGGGUACAGACAAGGAGAUGGCUGAAUUCAUUGGUGAAGCUUUGAACACAGACCAUUAUGAGCUCAACGUGGAAGAGGAGGAAGGUUUCCUGACAGGCUUGAAGAUACCUACCCCAUGGGCCUCUGGGAAAACGGUGGAAACCAUUCACCCAGUUCGAGACAACUACAAGUUCAAGGAAACAGUUCAUAUACCUGGUGCCAGAUGUUUGUACCUGAGAUUUGAUGCCAGGUGCUCAUCACAGUAUGAUUAUGACAAGGUUGUUGUCUAUGCUGGGCCUGGCAUCAAUGGCAAGAAGGUGGUAGAGUAUGGAGGCAACUCAUUUGGUUAUGGAAGUCGCAGUGUUUUAGGCAGUGGAUGGCCUAAAGAUCUAGUCAAGGUUGAGGGGGACACUGUGACCUUGACCUUUGAGAUGAGAAGUGGGAGGGAGCACAACACACCUGACAAGGCCAUGUGGGGUUUUGCUUGCACCAUCAGAGCCCAGGAGUCUGCUGAGGAAGUAACCCCAGGCUUACCUUUCCUCUCUGAUCUGGCCUUGGGACUGUCAGUGCUGGUAUGUACACAACUGGCUUUGUUGUACCAUGGCUCACCUCCAUCACAGGAUGAAAUAGACUGCCAGCACUUGCUCAGGUCAAAGAUACUUCAGAGGUGUAUCUGGAAAACAGAAAGAUGUCUUGAGGCUGGGGACAGAGUGGUGGACCUUGGGACUGGGGGACUUCCAAGCCCUCCACCUGCUGCCAAGAAGCUGCAGUCUGAUGAUGCUGACCUCUCAGGGGCAUUGGUUAGUGCCAAACUGCCUCGCAUUAAACUAUCAACUGAUAUUAUGGAAAGAUUAAGGCAUUUAGUGAAGCGGCAGCCUCUGAGGCUUCGCGCCUCUAUCAAGUCUGCCAUUUCUCUGGACAUUCUUGAGGAGAGCACAAUAUCUGCAGUGGCCAAACACCUUGGACUGACAGACUCAUUGCGGGACCUAAGGUCUGUGGUGGAGAAACAAGGGGAUGAGUUGGCUGCCCUCUUGGUCAUCUUGGAAGAGACGUACCGAAGGUUUGAUGUACUUAUAAGACAACUUCAGUUAAUGGGAGAGCUAGAAAAACGCUGGGAAACUGAAGUAGAAGACAGAUCUCUGGAAGUGACCCAGAGACCUGGUGGUAGUGAAGAAAUGUCAUCUGCAUCCUCAUCCCAUGAGCCUCCAUUCUUCUAUGACUAUCACUUACAUGAGAUUCGCUACAAAGAGUUGACUAUACUGUCUUUUAUCAAGGAGGUUCCUUUUGAACCAGCAGAUCUAGAAACAACUGUCAAACAGUUAAUGGAAAAGUUUGAUGCUGAAGUUGAAGCUCUCAAGUCCAGCGGCAGAGGAAAGAGUGGUGAAGGUUUGACCAAGACCAAACAAGUCAUGGCGGGCAUUUUGUCCAGGCUGGAGCUCCUCCUUCAUGUCAACAGUGUUCCCAUGGAAACGCAGCCAGCACUGUCUCAUACAGUGUCACACACUCAAGGAUUUAAAGAAGACCUUAUGGUCAGGUCUGAUACAGAUGUGUUACGACCUUAUCCUGGCUUCAGUCGAAGCAUGUCAGCCCCUGUCUGCAUUGACCCUUAUGACUCUUCAACAUUCAAGCAGGGAAGGUGGAAACAUGGAGAUAAAGGAGGUUACGUUGGCUCCAUUCUACAAGAUCUUGUUGAUGAUGGGGAUGAAGACAAACCUCCACAUGUUAUAGUCAUUGACCAGCUGUUUGCAUUCAUUGGAAAUGAUCCCGAGAAGGCAGUUUCUUGUGUUCAGUUUCUCAAAGCAGCAGAAGAACGUCGUAAGCGUGGAGCCAGUAGAAAAACUGCACUGAACCAUAUCAAAGAAUUACUGGCAGCAGCGUCUAAUGUUGGCGGAGCCACUCAUUUAGUUGCUGCUGUAGCAUCUGUUCUUCGACAUGGACCCAAAGUGGAUGAUCUGAUGUGUGGAGGAAUGCUUCAUGAGGUGAGAGAAGCUUUUGCUGAAGCUAUGAGCUCUGUGGUACAGUUGGCUGCUCAACAUCCAAUAGCUAGUGCCAGCAGUAUUGGUCUUCUGUGUACCAUCCCAUACACCAGAGCUGAAGAGAAAUGUCUGGUGAGGUCACACCUGGUCCACCUGCUGGACAAAUUGUGCAGUCUGGGUAACCACAGAGCAGACGGCCUUGGUGCUGAAGCCCAAACCCCUAGGCAGAAAGUCUCAGCAUUGGCCUGGGCUGGGUUCCAGGUGCUGGCAUCUAGGUGUGUCAAAUGGGAAAAUGAAGAUGGUUCACAAGUAGAUGAGUUGGAACACUCAGGUUUGGCCAAACAGGUGUCUACCUUGCUAACUCACCAUCUGGCCAGGGCUACUGAAGGCAUUGGGAAUGCUAUGGCUGGAACCGAAGCACUCCAAGAAGUACUCAGUCUCCUCAACAACUUGUCCAGGAGUAAGAUGGGCAAAGCCAUUCUGAGUCAACCUGCGUGUGUGUCCAAACUUUUAUCAUUGUUACUUGACCAAAGACCAUCACCAAAGCUGGUCCUCAUCAUCCUUCAAUUGUGUAGAGUUUCUCUCCCCUUGAUGAACUGUGUGGACUGUGAGGAGGUAGAACUCCCCGCCUGGGGUCAGCAACUCUAUUCUAGUCAUUGGAGCACAGCCAAACCUGUCUCGGACCCACCAGCUAAGAUUAUCUGUCUGCUCUUGGCCAAACUUGGGGACUUCCUGGUGCCAGGAGAUCAAGUCCUGCUGUCAAGCCGGUCCCCAUCCCAGGAUUCCUCUGUGCCUGGCAGAUCAACCAAAGGCAAUGACCCAGACAAGCCUGAAGACAGUGAUGUCCAGCGAGGAAAGCUCUCUGUAUUUGUCCACAAGAGAGAAGACCAGAUGUCACAUGAUAUCAUUCAACCUUUGCUCAGUUGUGAAAACAGACCAUUCAGACUAGUGAGUAACACCAAUGUAGACAAAGUGGUCAGGCUGGAUAGAGAACUAGCCAAGAAUGGCAAGGUUGAGCUUACCACUGAAGAGGCUGUGAGUGCCUUCAAGAAAGCCUACAAGUGGGCUCAGAUGGGGCUUGUCAUAUCCACUGCUCCGCCCACUGACACCAGCAUAUCAGAAAACAAUAACGGAGUGGACAAAAAGAAGACAGUGUCAGAAGUCAUUUGCAAAGACAAGAACUCAGAACUGGCCAGAACUGAUCCUGUGAGGGCAUUCAUCAGUGGUCAUGUAGCCAAUGCCAUGGCAGCUGAGGUCAUCGCACUCUUACACAACCUGCUAUCAUCCCAGACUAGUUCAACUACCAACACUUGGUCACAGGCAGUUCAAAGGGUUCUGGCCAACGCCCUAUCUGGCCUACCAGUUCUCCUCGGAUGUCUAGAUGGCUUGUCAUCUCCCAGGUCUCCUCGCAGCCAGUCCAACAACCAGCUCAUGUCACUGGCCAAGCAGGCCAACGCCGCGCUCUGCGCUAUUGGGGGCUUUCAGGAAACAUUGAAGCCAGGAUGUGAGGUCAAGAUUACUGGUGAAUGUAUUAGAGCAUCCUAUGGAACAGUGGUCAGUGUGUCUGAACAGAAUGAUGUGGUCACUGUCCAGCUGUCCAAUGAUGGCAACAACAAUGAUGGCAGUGCUCACACAGCUACCUAUAGUGACACUGUCAAGGUACCCCUCGCCAGAGUCCAGCCAGUCAGAAAUGAGGUGUUUAACAAGUACCAACGAGAAAUCAGUGACGCUGUGCUUGCAGCAGUUCAGGCUGUCAUCCUUCCAGCAGAUGAGGCCACAUCUCCCCUGACUCACUCACUUCACUCUGCAGGGGAUGGCAACACUAUGGCCAACCAGAUAUGUCGAGUGGUGGCUGAGAUUCGGACCCGCACCUCCAUGGUACUGGCCCAGUAUUUGCAGGAUGUUGAGUUUGCCAAGAAGUUCAUUGAGCAUUGCGGUUACUCCAUUGACAUGUUGAAAUCUCUGGCCAAAGAUUGCCAAGCAGGAAACAGACUACCAGUCGUAGAAGCUCACUGUCAAAGGUUGCGGAUGCUCUACCGAGACUGUGCUAAGCCACCACCCCCACCAUGUCGUGCUGACAUCAGACCAUCCAAAGAAAUGAUAUGGGAUGUCGCCAGACCAUUCCCUCCAACCAGAGCUUGUUUAUUCUCUCACGGCAUGACUGCCAUCAUGUUUCUGGGAGACCCAAGUGCAGGGGUCGGUCUGCCCAGAGGCACAAUGGUGUAUGCCAAUCAGCCCAUUCCUAAGGAGGCUCCUUCAUUCUACUGGGAGCUGGAGAUUUCUUCCUUCGGAGACUCCCAUGAUGAGAGCAGUGCUGUCAUCUCCUUUGGAUUCGCUCCUCCUGCGGAGAAGAAAGAUGCUGCAUGGACCAACCCUGUGGGAACUUGUCUGUUCCUCAACACUGGGAAAGCUGUCCACUACAAUGGGGCCAGUCUACUGCAGUGGCGAAGUGUGAGGCUGGAGGUCAGUCUCAUUGCUGGCGAUGUGGCUGGAAUUGGCUGGGAGAGAACUGGAGACACACAGGACACUACCCAGACACCAAGAGGUCAAGUUUAUUUUACCUACAAUGGCCAAAGACUCAAUGCUACACUGGACAAUGUAUCAGGAGCCAUGUACCCAGUUGUCCACAUACAAAAAAAGAACUGUCGCAUGAAAGCCAACUUUGGAGCUCGUCCAUUUGCCUAUGCUGAAGGUCAGCAACACAGGGAGGCUGCAGAAGCAGCCAAUGAUGUUCUCAGAGACAUCAGGGAGUCGUUUGGUCACCUCCCCUUUCACACUGCAUCCGACAGCGAGAGUGACAGCACGGAACCCCCUGUCACAUCCUCCCAGGAAUCUUCUAGAGACAGCCGUACACCACCUAGAGCGCCCUGCAAAGUGGCUGAACCUCCACCCACACAGAAAGAGUAUCAAAUUGAUGCCAGUCUCAACUACAAGCUGCUGCCUUGCUAUGACAACUUUGUUAUCACUGGACCCGACACCAUGUUUGUUCGUCCCAAUGAGGAGGACUCUGAGGAGGAAACUGUCAUUGAGGAGUCAUCCUCUGAGGAUCAUUAUGCCCUUCUGGUAAAGGCAUGGGAGCAGAAAGUGUUCCCUGUCAUCAGACGGAGGUUUAGGAAUGAGGCUGAAAGAAAAGAUGGACUGGAACAGAUUCGAGGAGCUCUUCAACUUGGGAUGACUGACAUAGCCAGACAGACAGUUGAGUUUCUCUAUGAGGAGAAUGGUGGAAUACCCAGAGACCUUCAGUUACCCACCAUUGAAGACAUCAAAGAAGAUCUGGCCAAGUUUACCAUUGACCGGGUCAAAAAGGGCACAACCGUGAUCAUACGGACCCCCAGUGGCCUCAGUGCCCAUGCUACAACACAGUUGCCCAAGUUUGCAGUCAGAAGCAUGCUCAAGACAUUUGGCUUGACGGGGACAGUGUUAGAUGUAGACACAGCCAAUGAGUUGGUUCAAGUUGAGACCUACUUAAGGAGUGAAGGGGUGCUGGUCAGGUUCUGGUAUCCACUGCAAAUGUUGGAAAAGCCAGCUCAGGGGAUGAGGAAAGCUUCCAUCACAGGAGGUCAGACCAUGGACACAUCCAACAUAUUCAUACAUAGAGAACUCCUGGGAAGUGAGGCGGCACUGACCAGAAUGUACAUUCGUACAGCUUUCCUUCAACUGACUGACCACUGCAACUCUCCGGCCAUGGAGUUAACCUCAUUCUCCGCCAGUCUAGGGUCAGGCAUGGCUGCAUGUGCUGCCACCUUGCAGGAGCUGGACUUGGAGAACAUUCAGUUAUUGUCAGAGCAUCUCUUGGCCCCACCAUUUACCACAGGGACAUUGGAAGCCACAUCACCUUUCCAGGUGUCUCUUCUGUCUCAACUGUCUCUCACCCCUCUGGUCUCCCUGACCAGCCUGGUCUACCGCAACAGUCUCAGGCUCAAGAGGGAGCUAGCGGUGGCCAUAGCCAGGGCCUCCAACCAAGGAGAAGACUAUCUCAUUGAGCUGACCAAUCAGCUCUGUAUGUGUCUACAGACUGCACCAGAGAUGUUCCAUUUUGUGCAGUACACUGUGAAUGAAUCUAAGAUCAGUACAGAUGUCCAUUUCCCAGGGGCUGCCUGCGUUCUGGUUUCCUGUAGUAAAACUCCUGACUCUGGCAAUAAAGAAACUCCACCUUAUAGAGCACCAUGGGCCAGGAUCAGCACUUACACUGGGAAAAGAAUCAGAAAAUGUGGCCAGGUGACCAGACAGGAAGUUGUCUGCUAUCCUCGAGAUGUCCAUGCCCAGGCCAAUACAAAUGACCAGUAUGCCCCUGUCUUCAUUCCCGGAGACUUGGUUUAUGUCAAGAUAGGCGUGUCACCUCCCCCAGGUGCUGUAAUCACCUUACACGGGCUCCCGCCCCAAUUUCUGCUUGCUGUGGCUUAUAUGGAGACUCUUGUCACCGAGACUUUUGGUUGUGGUGCCCAGGCUUGUGGGGCUCGAGGGGAGAAAACAGGUGGUCAGAAGGAGAGUGCAACCAAACCCCAACCCAGCUUGUCCAGCGGUUCCUUUGCCUCGUCAUCUUCUAUGGCUUUGGAGCUCCCCGAUACCAACCCUAGUUUGUGGAGUCUGGACAACAUCAAUAUUACACCUCCUGUCUUUCUGCACAUGAUUGAGUUUCUUUGUGGUUUUCUUUGGAAGACAGAUGUCCCAGCUUUGUUGAAGGAAUUUAUGUUUCACCUCCUUGCACAGACUUUGAGAAUUCUCCACUUUAGCGAGGGCUGCGAUGGUAGUCGGUUAACUAAACUCAGCAUGAAGCUUAGCCCCACGCAGGGCAUGCUCAAUUAUUUGCCCAGAGAGCUGAAAAAACUGUAUGACCUUGAGAUCAAGAAUCUCCCAGAAAUGACCACCACCGCUGGUCAGGGAGUCGGUCUGGGUGUCUCGGACACAGGAAGGUGGUCCACAUAUUUGCAUGCAUUAAUGGAAGUCUGUUUGGCCAUCUCAGAAGUGAUCCCUUGUGAGGUGUCUCAGGGCAAGCAGUCCACUGAAGUGACUGUAGAGGAAAGUGCUGCAGGGAGUAGCUCAGUGGCAUCCAGCAGCACUAGCAAGAAAAAGAAACUUAAGUUCAAAAAAGAGAGAAUAGUUACAUCUAUUCACAGGGCCAAUGUGGAGCCCCGAAGUGGGUCUGAAACUACAGAGAAUGUAGACGGUUCACUCAGCUCAAGCAAUGUACAUCUGUCUCAGUCCCUUGAUGCCCAGCCCACUUCCCCUAGUGGACAGCUCUCUGUUGUAUCCCCUCCCAUAAAGGCAUCUAGCAACUCCAGCAUUUGCAGUAUGUUUCCCACUUUGUCAACUUCCUCCAUUAAAGUGGAUGAUAUGGCCUGGUUUCCUGUGGCCGCAUCCACUGCCAAAAUUCUGCGCUACUUAGCCCUAAAAGAGCCUCAUUGCCAGGAAGAAGUGAACGAAGCUUUCAAGUCCACCUCUCAGGUACUUGUCACACCAACAGCUCAUUCAAGACUUCUAGUCAUCACCGGGAUCCCAUCUUACCUUGACCUUGGUACUGUCAAAAAAUCUAUCUGUAAAGUGUGUAACAGUUAUGGAGGACUGGAUAGAGACGAGAUUUUUGUGCCUACACCUUUAGAUGUGAGUGCUUCUGAGCCAAAGCCAGUGAACCCUGAAGCAAGCAAUCCUGAUGCAGUAGUCUCUGGAGAAGCAGGCCAAGAGGCUAAAUCUGAGUCUUUGGUUUCUCAGUCGAACACACCCACAACCCCCACCCCAGAACCCAGAAAGAAAUCAAAAUUUAUUGAAGGCUACGCUGUGAUUAGCCUGCCAUCACGAACAAAAGUGGAAAUUGUAAAGAAGGCAUUCCUUAAAACCAAAUGGUUGAACUUGGGGCUUGGAGAAGAAGCUGCAGCCACUUUGGAAGCGCCAGAUGAAAAUCUCAACGUCCAGACAGUAUCUCCAGCCUUGCUGACUGAACCAGAGGCCAACCCAGCCUUGGAGAAAUACCUCUUGUAUAAACUCUCUGGCAGAAUAGGUGCUCAGACUUUGGGACCUGCAGCCACGCAGGUGCUGACGGAGAUAUUUUACAGCAGCUUCUUUGUGGAUCAGCACCAGGACACAGGGGAGAUCAGCCUGAACAGAGAGCAGAUCCUGAACACAGCACCAGAGAACCUGCUGGCUCUCUUCUUGAAUGGUGUGAGAGUCAGUAAAAAACCUCUGCCAGAAGCAGUGACAUGCUUGUUAAGACAAUAUGGAAUAGUCAAGUCUCAAGAUAAACAUGUAUCCCCUCAAUGCUUAGAGAAAGGCAGUAAAGGAAAGACAACCAAGAAACCAGUUUCCAAAUCUCAGAAAGAGAAGCAAGCUCUUGGUCUAUUGGAGAAAAGUCAGGAAGAAAAAUCACAAUCAGCAGACAAAGAAAAACUUCAUGUAUCUGGCAAUGAGGACAGCGAGAAGUCGGAGAAGUCACCGAAAGAAAAGGAGGGGGCCACAGCAGACAUUUUGUCGAAGGAAUCGAAGAGUUUAACCAAAUGUGAAGGGAGGUUACUCACACUGAGCAGUUUCCUUCAGUUCUGCGAGGACCAGAUCAAACUGGAUCUGAGAGCUAUUUGGAAAGGACUUUUUGCUUGUGGUUAUGACCUGCAUUUGGAAAGAUGUGCCUGCCCAGACGUGACUGCAGCCUACCACCUGAUGAGUGAGUGGACUAUUGAAAAAGAUGCUGCUCUGGUCAUGUACACCAAUGAGCUCAGCGCUCAGUUGUCCAUUUCUCCAGCCCGUCUGCAUCCUCAUGAGAUCAGAAUCUCAGAAGCUCACCUGACUAAUGAGAAAUACUCCUGUUUACAAGGUUUGCCAGUAGAAAGUAUUCGCUUGAGAUUUGCUUUUCUGCAAGAUUUGAACAAUUCCUUGGAGACAUCUUUCCUUCCGCUAAUUGACCUGAGACCAGCCAAUGUCUACAGUCGCAGCACAGCUUUUGUCUUGUCUCAGCUGAGGUCUCUUGUGUUCUAUAAUACCAAGGUCAACUUUAUAAACAGAAUACUGAAUGCCUCCGCUAAGCGGAAACCUGACCAGGCAGCACCAGAAAUCACUCUGAAUCCACUUGAGUCCAUCGGCACAGGUGAGAAAACUGCCCAGGCCAGCAUCUUGUGUCAGUCUUACUGUCAGUUAAGCACCAUCAGUUCUAAGAAGUUGUGUGUCCGGCUGGCCAGUGGAGGUGACCCCACGUACUCUUUCAAUGUUAGGAUGCUUGGAGAAGAAGUCCACGGCACAAGUGGAUCGUUCCGGCACUACCUGUGGCAAGUGGCCAGAGAACUGACCUCACCUUCACUCUCUCUACUUCUGCCAUGUCCUAGUUCAUCUGCUGGAAUCAACAAGGGCAGGCUACUCCUGAAGCCUGGCAAGAUGACCUACUCUGAAGAAAAUUUGCUGCUUUUCAUUGGACAGCUCCUUGGUAUCACUAUGAGAGCUGACAUUCCACUUGGUCUUGACCUGCUCUCCACUGUAUGGAAGCUUCUGGUUGGACUUAACCUUGACCCUUCCACUGAUCUUCAGCAGGCAGAUGCACUGACCUAUAAAUAUAUAAAGAAAAUUGAAAUGGCUGAAACUGAGGCUGAGCUGGAGAGUGUAUGCGGUGAUGGAGAGCCCAGGUUUGUGUACACCUCUUUGACAGGUCUGGACACAGAGCUUAUCCCUGGAGGAAGGUCUAUCUAUGUCAAUUGGAACAACAGACAGGCUUACAUCGACGCUAUCAAAACACUGCGCAUGAGAGAGCUGACCAGCAGUCUGAGGAUAGCAGCCAUUGUGACUGGACUGUCCAGUCUACUGCCGUACCAGGUGCUGACCCUCAUGUCACCACUUGAUUUGGAGAUCAGGACCAGUGGACGGCCGCACAUAAGUUUGGAUUUCCUUAAGUCCCAUACAAUGUAUCAAGUUGGUCUGGUGGAAUCAGACUCUCACAUUGAGUUCUUCUGGUCAGCCUUGGAGUCAUUCAGCCAAGAGGAAAUUACCAGGUUCAUCAAGUUUGCCUGCAAUCAAGAAAGAGUCCCCCACACCUGCCCAUGCCAGGAGGGAGGCUCUGAUUCUGCCCAUGUGCCACCUUUCCCCAUGAAGAUUGCUCCACCUGACGGCACAGGUCCUCCAGAUUCAAGAUACAUUCGGGUAGAAACUUGUAUGUUCAUGGUCAAACUCCCACAGUACAGCAGCCAGGAAGUCAUGACCCACAGGCUGCGCUAUGCAAUCAACUGCAGAGAAGACCCUCUGAGUGGGUGAAAGUAAUUCCCUCAAGUUAAACACCCUCAGCUAAACCCCCUUCCUUCUCUUUAGUUGCCCCUAUCCCCACAGUGAGCUGAGGACUCUCCCCCCCCCCUUUCCAAGCCUGUGUUUGUAAUGAAUCAGUCCAUUCAACUUUUGAGAAGGAAGAUGUUCAUCCAAUGAAAACAUUUUGUUAAUUUCAAUGUUCAUUCAUGCUGGAUGGCUCUCCCAUUUGUUGGAUAUGUAUCUUAUGAAAUGAUCACUGCCAAAGUCUGUACAGGGUCUUAAGACCAUUAACCCAUGAUCCCCCUGUUGUUUUACUAUAAUCUCUAAAUGAAUCAAUGUAUGUAUUUGAAAGUCUGUGCUGGAAGACGAGGAGACCAGCUGUGAAUCCUGCAUUGUUAGCUCAAUGUGUUUUUGUGUGAUACUUCACUCCUUGUCAUUUGAUGGCACGAACCAGUGUCAUCCCAUCAGCAUUAGCUCUCCCCGACAUUGCCCUGUUGUCAUGUGUGAUUGUCAUUUAAGGGGGGAGGAGGUGGCUCCUACUGUACAUGCCAUAACUGCCUUGAUUGCUUUCAGCUCUUUAAUUUAUAAGUAUGUGAACCCCAUGUUCCUGUGUUCCAUACAGCAGAUACAUAUCAGUCUCACAGUUUGGUUCCACUGUAUAGUUCUUUCUAUACAGCAACUGUUGUUUUUUUUUUUUAUUUUGUUUACCAGUGUCAUAUUAUUAAAAAAAAAUAUUUAUACAGGCAUGUGUAGAGGUAAUCUUGUAUGUAUAGUAUUUAUAAACCUUGGAUUUCAAUUUCUUCAUCCUGUUCUUUUUGACAACAAAUAUAUUCAUAGACAUGUCCACCAGUUCAAAUAUGUACAUAUAACUUGUGUGUUUACACUAGAGCCUCAUUUAACUGUGUUGGCAUCUGUACAUGCUAUAUAAUAUAUAAUUAUAUAUUUGAAAUCCCGUCCCCCUCUCCUUUUUAAAAACCCUGAAUUUGUGAAAGUUUAGUGGUACCACAAGAGAUGAGUAGUCUAGCACAGUGUAUUCAUUGAAUGGAAAUCUAGUUCAAUCCGUUGUUUUUCUUUGUUCAUCAUCAUGGCGCCAAUUCGUCCCAAUCGUUGUUUUAAUUCUAUUUAUCUUUAUCUGUGGUUGAGUGCUAGUAAAGGAAAUGGUCUGUCGAUUAUAUUGUUUUGAAUUCAAAUCCAAUUUUUUAAUCUAUUGUGUCUUGAGUACCCGUGUCUUGAGUACCGCUGCUGGUGUUUCCAUAAUGCUUAAUGCAUGAACCCAGUGUGAGUCCAGGAGCUAUAGGAGAGAGAAGAGCCAUUGCUUGCUGGUCCUCAUGUUAUAAGAAAACCUGUCGGUUUAUUUAUAGCGAGUUUGUUGAUCCAUUUUAGUGAUUGUCAUGAUCUCUCACUCAUCAUUUGCUCAUGAGGAUUGUGUUAACAAGGUUUGACCUUUUUGUUUUUUUUUAUUGAUGCCCCUCACAGGUGCUAUAUGGUAGUACAGGGCUUUACAGUCGAUACUUAGUUUGAGGUAAAUGGAAUGUUUUUUAGUUUAUUUGAAAGAAUUGUUUCAAUUAAUGUUCCUUUUUUGAUAUUUGUUCAAACUAGACCAUUAAGAAAUAUGUUUAAGUUUAUUGAAGUGAGUGGUCAUGUGAACACCAAGUCCUCUUUGGCUGAAAUAACAAGACGUCAUUCCUAGGAAGCUCGUAGCCUUCAGAAGAAACAUUUUUUUUUUUUGCAUUUAGCCCGCCCCCUUUCCCACCCCCC